AGUGUUUAGAAAUCGUAAUUACAAAUUUAAUUUAUUGUUUUGAUAGUUCUACAUUUUUCCAUUGUCUACUUCGAAUUUUAUUUGUGUAUAUUUCCAUAUUACAUAUUAUUCAACUUUGCUUUUUAAUUUUGUUCAAGGUAAUGGGAAGAAUGUCUGAAGUUUCCAUUACAAACAAAAUGAGUUGUAAUAAACAAAAUAUAGAAAAUUCAUCUAAAAGAAUACAAAAGAAAAAAAAGAGAAAUAAAAGAAAAACUAACAAGAAAAUCAAGAAGCUAUUUGAUAAUUUAAGACAAGACACAAAUUCUUCCCAGGAAAGUGUCAGUACAGUUAACAAUGAAACAAAUUCUUCACAUGGAAGUAUUAAUACAGUUAUAGAAAUUAUUAAUUCUAUUGAUGUACCAAAAGAAUAUAAAAACAGUCUAACCAUUAUUGAACAUACUAAUAAAACUCCAAGUAAAGCUCAAAUACGUAGAUCAGACUUAAAUAUAUGCCCAUUACAAUGCUCAACACCAAAAAAUAAUAUAGUUAACCACAAUGAAAAUACAUCUAGCUUUCAUUCAGAUAUUUUAAAUUUAACUAAACAAAUAAAUGAUGAGUCUUACGUAACUAUAGACUUAACAGAAAAUAGCACUUUAGAUGCUACUCAACCUACAGUUAUUGAUUUAGUAGAUGAUUCAAAGUCUAUAGACUCAAAUAUAUCUAUGAGCGGAGACUCAGAUGUGACUGUGGUGAAUGUAAUAUCGAGAAAAAGAAAUAAUAAUCAGAUGAAGAAAUUUGUUGAUGGCAUUGAAAAAAUGGAUUCUUCUGCUAAAGGCAAACUGUUAGAAUUUAUUGCUCAAAAGAUCUUUAGUGGCUGUGAUGGACCAAAGAGUUUACAUAGUUUCAGGAAUGGAAUUAAUCACUCAAUUCAAUCAGCAGAAGAUGCUUUCAUAAAAGAAGUAAUACUGCGCCAGGCUCCAUCCAGAAACAGUAUUGGUAGUAAUAUUUAUAAUCCUAGAAAAGAUAUUAAGAACAAAACAGGACUGCGUAUGAUUGUUAUAGAUGGAAGUAAUGUUGCUAUGCAACACACCAAAGGUAGAGUCUUUUCUGUACAAGGGCUUAAAAUAUGUAUUGAAUACUUUAUUCGACGUGGACAUGUUGUCAAGUCGUUUGUGCCACAGUUUAGAUGUAAGUUACGGAAAAGUACAGACGGGAGAUUGUUGGAUCAGAUGGAGAGACAGGGUUAUGUGGUGUAUACCCCUUCUCGGGAAAUCCAGGGACGGAUGAUCACGUCGUAUGAUGAUAGAUAUAUAGUGCAAUGUGCCGCGGAAUUUGACGGCGUUAUUGUCUCCACAGACAAUUAUAGAGACCUAUUGUCAGAAAAUCCAAGAUGGCGAUAUAUCAUAGAGAAUAGACUCUUACAGUUCACGUGGGUUGACGACAUGAUAAUGUUUCCCAAGGAUCCUUUAGGCAGAAACGGUCCAACAUUGGAACAGUUCUUACGACAUCCUUUACCAAUUGAAAUAAAAUAAAUUGUCAUGAAAUUGUAAAAUUGUGUUCUGUCCAAAGAAAACUUAUGCAAAAUUUUGUUGUGUAGUAAUCAAAUCUAGUAUCGUUGAAUUUUUUUUAAUAUGUUUCUAAGUGUACAUUAUGGCACAUUAUGCUGAGGAUAUAUUUACUAAUUACACGGCAAAGAGCGACGUUUAUGUCUGCUAAAUUUUGUUUAGUACGGCGAUCAGAGACGAUUAUGUGAUUUCACUAAUAUUUUCAAAGAGACAUCUGAUUAGGGAACGUUCAAAUAUUACGUAAUGAAUUUGGGGGGAGGGGGGGGAGUCCUCUUGUAAAACGUUACGAUGCCGGGCGGGGAUCGAAUUACGCGUUAUUGUUAAUAUUAUUUUCAACUUUCCAGUACUUUAUAUCACAUAUUGCUAAAUUUUAGGUAUAAAGAGUCAAAUUAUUAUAUACGUAUUGGUGUUCGUGGUAGUGAUAUAAUUUUUAGUGAAAUCUCAGAAAUCCUAAAAAUUGUGAUUUUUUAAGUUACCGUAUAAUUUUCAGAUAUUGUUGGAAAAUUAAAAAAAAUAUUAACGCAGUGCCGUAAGACAAGGAAUCUUAAGACUGAAAGUAUUUAGUACUUUUAUAUUUUUUUAAUAUUUGCUAAUACUUUUGGUCUUUUGUUUGUUAAAGUUAGAUUUUUUAAAAAUAAAUUAAUGAUAAAUUUAGGAUGAUGUAUAACGAGGUUUAUUGUUUUCUAUACAAAUAUAUUUUGUUGAGGGCAGCUCAAACUCAUACCAGAACCACUGUUUACCGAAGAAAUUUGAGAUUGUGAUAAUGUUGCGUUAAGUUGAUUUUAAUUAUUCACAUAUCCAUAUUUAUUUGUGUAAACUUCAAAACUGAUUUUCUCCUAUAUUUUAUACAAAAAUUAUUUUUGUAUAUUAUAUUAUGUGAAGGUAGUUGUUCCUAUUUUUUAAUAUGCUAUAGAAAUCUGAAAACA